AUGGCAACCCAGUCCGCAAACUGCAGACUUCUCCGGCUGCCAGCAGAGCUUCGCAACCAAAUCUACGAACUCGUGUUCGCCGAUGACAAGAUCUCGACUUCAGUGCCUCUCGACGCAGCCACUCCACCGGCAGGACCACCAAAAGCGCUAUCACUCGUCAACCGCCAGCUAUACAACGAGACUCGAGCCAUGUCUCGAGCAGCGCACCAGAAAUGCUGGACCACCUCCACAUUAACCCUGACCACCGGCGACAAAAGCCACGCGAGCUCGAUCAUCGACGCUAUAGCCCCAGAUGACCUUCAACACAUUCGCAGCAUCACACUCAAGAAGCCUACCUUGAAUGAGGCAUGGCUUGGACUGGGUUUCGACUACGGCUGCGAGAUGCUCGACAACCGUGGCUUGUGGAGGUUCAACUACGCCAUGGGCCCACAUAUGUCGAGUUAUCGAUGCAGAGUUUUCAGGAAGGUUGAUGGAGUCGUACAGCUGUCUUUCGGCGCCGACGAAGAGAUGAGCAAGUUUAGCGAUAAGGUGGAAGAGUUGCCGAGUGUGAAGGACCAGAUGAAUAGUGUUUUUGCUGAGAUGUGGAAAGACGGCUGA